GGGCAGAACCACGAGGGAACCCUGGGAGUGAAGAGUGCAGUGGCUCGUUUUGCAGGACAGAGUGAUGAUGCUUUCCCUUUCGGUCUCCGAGUUCAAGGUCGGUUAGUUCUCCCCGAGGGCAGACUUUGAAAGAGACUCCAGCCACCCCCGCCACUCCGCUACCCACCUCCCAGCGUGGCCCUAUGUCCCCUUCCCGGCCAGGGCUAGUGAGCAUGGCCAGUGUCCGCUGCAAGCUGGCUCGCUACCUGGAGGACCUGGAGGAUGUGGACCUGAAGAAAUUCAAGAUGCACUUGGAGGACUACCCACCUCAGAAGGGCUGCACUGCGCUUCCCCGGGGCCAGACAGAGAAGGCGGACCCAGUGGAUCUGGCCACCCUGAUGAUUGACUUCAAUGGGGAGGAGAAGGCCUGGGCCAUGGCUGUGUGGGCGUUUGCUGCCAUCAACCGUAGAGACCUGUAUGAGAGGGCCAAGAGGGAAGAGCCGGAGUGGGGUGAGUAUAACUCAUAUGUUUCUGUGGUAUGCCGGGCAGAAAGCCUUGAAGAGGAGUGGAUGGGUUUGUUGGGGUACCUUUCCAGAAUCUCUAUUUGUAAAAAGAAGAAAGAUUACUGUAAGAAAUACAGGAAACACGUGAGAAGCAGGUUCCAGUGUAUCGAAGACAGGAAUGCCCGUCUGGGUGAGAGCGUGAACCUCAAUAAGCGCUACACCAGGCUGCGCCUCAUCAAGGAGCACCAGAGCCAGCAAGAGCGAGAGCACGAGCUUCUGGCCAUUGGUGGGACUUUGGCCAUGACACGAGACAGCCCUGUGAGCUCUAUGAGCUUGGAGCUGCUGUUCGAGCCCGAGGACCAACAUGCUGAGCCCGUGCACACAGUGGUGCUCCAAGGCUCGGCGGGCAUUGGGAAGACAAUCCUAGCCAGGAAGAUCAUGCUGGACUGGGCAUCAGAGAAGCUCUACCAGGACAGGUUUGACUACUUGUUUUACAUCCACUGCCGGGAGGUAAGCCUUGGGACGCAGAGGAGCCUGGGGGACCUGAUAGUCAGCUGCUGCCCCGACCCCAAUCCACCCAUCAGCAAGAUUGUGAGAAAGCCAGCCAGGAUCCUGUUCCUCAUGGAUGGCUUCGACGAGCUGCAGGGUGCCUUCGAUGAGCACACGGAGGCACUCUGCACCGACUGGAGGAAGGUGGAGAGGGGAGACGUCCUGCUGAGCAGCCUCAUCAGGAAGAGGUUGCUCCCCGAGGCCUCCCUCCUCAUCACCACGAGACCCGUGGCGCUGGAGAAGCUGCAGCACCUGCUGGACCGUCCGCGGCAUGUGGAGGUCCUGGGUUUCUCAGAAGCGAAGAAGAAAGAGUACUUCUUUAAGUAUUUUGCAGAUGAGCAGCAAGCCAGAGAGGCCUUCAGGUUGACGCAGGAGAAUGAGGUCCUGUUCACCAUGUGCUUCAUCCCCCUAGUCUGCUGGAUUGUGUGUACUGGGCUGAAGCAGCAGAUGGACAGUGGCAAGGGCCUUCCUCAGACGUCCAAGACCACCACUGCUGUGUAUACCUUCUUCCUCUCCACUUUGCUGCAGUCGCGGGGAGGCUGCCCGAAGCGCCCCAUCUCUGCCAACCUGCGGGGCCUCUGCUCACUGGCCGCAGAUGGGAUCUGGAACCAGAAGAUCCUGUUUGAGGAGGGGGACCUGAGGAGCCAUGGCCUGCAGAAGGCGGAUGCAUCCGCAUUCCUGAGGGUGAACCUGUUCCAGAAGGAGGUGGACUGCGAGAAGUUCUACAGCUUCAUCCACAUGACCUUCCAGGAGUUCUUCGCUGCCAUGUACUACCUGCUGGAGGAGGAGCAGCACGGGGUAGGGGACGAGUCAAGGGGGCCUUUGGAGCCUCCCGACCGGGACGUGACAGUCCUUCUCGAAAACUACGGCAAAUUUGAAAAAGGCUACUUGAUUUUUGUUGUCCGCUUCCUCUUUGGCCUUAUAAACCAGGAGAGGACAUCCUACUUGGAGAAAAAACUGAGUUGUAAGAUCUCGCAGCAAAUCCGGCUGGAGCUGCUGAAGUGGAUUGAGGCCAAAGCCAAGGCGAGGACCCCACAGGCCCAGCCCACACAGCUGGAGCUGUUCUACUGCCUGUACGAAAUGCAGGAGGAGGGCUUUGUGCGCAGGGCCAUGGGCCACUUCCCCAGGGUCGAGGUCAGCCUCUCCACCAGGAUGGACCACGUGGUUUCUUCCUUCUGCAUAGGGAACUGUCACAACAUGGAGUCGCUGUCCCUGAGGCUGCUCCAUGACUCACCCAAGGAGGAGGAGGAGGAGGAGGAGGGGGACGGGGCUGCCCUGGGGACAGUGAAGCAAGAAGUACCUGCAGGGAGCCACCCCAGCUGCAGUUCAGGAUUGGUGAACUGCUGCUACCUUCCUCCCAGCUUCUGUCAGGGCCUCCUGUCUGUCCUGAGCACCAAUCAGAGCCUCACUGAGCUAAACCUCAGUGACAACACUCUGGGGGAUGCAGGGAUGAAGGUGUUAUGUGAGAUGCUCCAAUAUCCUGGCUGUAGGAUUCAGAGACUACGGUUGAGGCGCUGUUGCCUUUCCCAUCGGUGCUGCUUCGACGUCUCCUCCGUCCUCAGCAGCAACCAGACACUGGUGGAACUGGACCUGAGCCACAAUGGCCUGGCUGACUGCGGGGUCAGACUUCUGUGUGUGGGGCUGAGGCACAUCUUCUGCAACCUGAGGAAGCUCUGGUUGGUCAACUGCUGCCUCACAUCGGCGUGCUGCGCUCACCUUGCAUCGGUCCUGAGCACUAGCCAGUCCCUGACCAGGCUCUACUUGGGGGAAAACGCCCUGGGAGACUCGGGAGUGGGAAUCCUGUGUGAACCAGCAAAGCGUCCUCAAUGCAGCUUGCAGAAACUGGGGUUGGUGAGUUCUGGCCUCACGUCAGAUUGUUGUUCAGCUCUGUCCUCAGUGCUCAGUGCUAACCAGAAUCUCACGCACCUUUACCUACGCGGCAAUGCUCUGGGAGACAUGGGGGUCAAGCUGCUCUGUAAGGGACUCUUGCACCCCAACUGCAAGCUUCAGAUGUUGGAACUAGACAACUGCAGUCUCACCUCACACUGCUGCUGGGACCUGUCCAGGCUUCUGACCUCCAGCCAGAGCCUGCGGCAACUGAAUCUGGACAGCAACGACCUGGGUGACCUGGGAGUCAUGCUCUUCUGCGAGGUGCUGAAGCAGCAGGGCUGCCUCCUAAGAAGCCUGCAGUUGUGUAAAAUGUAUUUUAAUCAUGAUACAAUCUGCGCGUUAGAAGCACUUCAAGAAGAAAAGCCGGAGCUGACCAUCGUCUUUGAGCGUGCCCAGCCAGUGAUGGAAGCUCGGUGCCAGAACCCCCUGCUGUGCGGCCCCACCACCCGGUGCAGACGCCGAGAGCCUACCACCCGGGCUGGUGUGCGUGGGGGAGCUCGCUUGCAGGAGGCGCCUCGGAGAUGGGCUGGGGGCCAGGGCACCGAGGCCACCCAUGCAGCACGGGUCUCAUUAGAGGAUGUGUUCCUCUAGGUGACCUCAUGUA